AUGCCGUUCCCUCUGCCGCCGCUGUCCGGGGUGCGCGAGGGCGCCUCGGCGCUGUGGACGGGCGUCAAGGGCGCCAUGCCCGAGUCGUGCCUGGCCGGGCCCGACGAGCGCCUCCAGUUCGCCAAGUUCGGCCGCAAGCGCGGCGACGUCGAGAUGACGGCCGUGAACAGCGCCGAGGGAGCCCCCGAGGGCGCCGAGGGGGGCCCGCCGGGGGACCAGCCGCCCCUGCAGAGGGAGGCGUCCGUGGGCAGCGUGUCCACGGUCGGGGUGGAGUGCCAGGACCACGACAUGAUCACGGAGUGGCAGGCGGGCUGGAACGUCACCAACGCCAUCCAGGGCAUGUUCAUCGUGUCCCUCCCCUACGCUGUGCUACACGGGGGCUACUGGGCUCUCGUAGCCAUGAUCGGCAUAGCCUACAUCUGCUGCUACACCGGCAAGAUCCUGGUCGACUGCCUGUACGACCUGGACGAGAACGGGCAGCUGGUGCGCGUGCGCUACUCGUACAAGGGCAUCGCCAAGGAGGUGUUCGGACAGAAGUGGGGCGGGAAGAUCGUCAACACGGCUCAGCUGAUCGAGCUCCUGAUGACGUGCAUCCUGUACGUGGUCCUCUGCGGCGACCUGAUGAUCGGCAGCUUCCCCGACGGGCCGAUCGACGCCCGCUCGUGGAUGAUGAUCUGCGGCAUCAUCCUCCUGCCGUGCAGCUUCCUCAAGAACCUCCACCACGUGUCCACGCUGUCCUUCUGGUGCAUGGUGGCCCACUUGGCCAUCAACAUCAUCAUCUUCGCGUACUGCAUCGGCAACGCGUCCACGUGGGCCUGGUCCAAGGUCAUGUUCCGCAUCGACAUGGUGGAGUUCCCCAUCGCCCUCGGCAUCAUCGUGUUCAGCUACACGUCGCACAUCUUCCUGCCGACGCUCGAGUACAACCUGAUCGACCGGUCCAAGUUCACGUGCAUGCUCAACUGGAGCCACAUCGCCGCCGCGCUCUUCAAGUCCCUGUUCGGCUACGUGGGCUUCCUGACCUGGGCGGAGGACACGGAGGAGGUCAUCACCAACAACCUGCCCAACCCGACCUUCAAGGGCUUCGUCAACCUCAUCCUGGUGGUGAAGGCGCUGCUGUCGUACCCGCUGCCCUACUACGCCGCCUGCGAGAUCAUCGAGAUCACGUUCUUCCGCGGGCGCCCCAAGACGUCGUUCCCGUCCUUCUGGGCGCUCGACGGCGAGCUCAAGGUGUGGGCCAUCGGCAUCAGGGUGGUCGUGGUCGUGUUCACCAUCAUGAUGGCCAUCUCCAUCCCGCACUUCGCCAUCCUGAUGGGCCUGAUCGGCUCCUUCACGGGCACCAUGCUGUCCUUCAUCUGGCCGUGCUACUUCCACCUCAAGAUCAAGGAGGGCAAGCUCGAGUGGGGCGACAUCGCCUACGACUGGUUCGUCAUCUUCCUCGGCUUCAUCUUCGGCAUCAUCGGCAUCACCACGUCCUUCUACGCGCUGGUGGAGGCCUUCCACAUCGGCCUGCCCUUCUAG